UUUUUCAGUUUUGCUUUAAGAAGUCGAGCUGAGACGGGAAAAAUCCGCCAGCCCUUUCAGAUUCCAGGACGUUUCUGUUUUUGUUCUGUGACUAGUCUUUCCACGGCAUUUUUGUAUGUCAAAAUGGAAUCUCUGGAAGCCAAAGUUUUCAGUGAUCUGCUGACCGUUUAUGGGAAUGGGACCUUUACUUCCGAAAACUUCCGCAAUGCCAUUGGUAACGGGACAGCAGCCGUCGAAUACAGCCACAUCAUCAUGGCUCUUUGCAAGCAGCUGCGGAUUUUGGCUAAUAUUAAUCAGGACAUUUCGGAAAUGCGAUCUCCAGCUGACGCCAACUCAUUCGUCAUGGAUGUUACCAGUUUCCUGCACGAAAUGGAAUGUCCGUAUGCUCGGCUGACUUCCGCUCCGCUGACGGAACGUCUGGCGACCCCGGAAAAUCGUCUGCUUCUGGUGGAUUUCCUUGUGGGCGAACUGCAGGCUGCGCGUGUGAAUUACGCUACAUACGGACCGGAAACUUCGAAACCUGCACAGUCUCCUCUAGCAGCAAAUCUGGCGAAAGUUUGCAACAUCCUUAACGUUCAAGUGCCAGCCGAUGUGGAUCCUGGCCAACUGUUCCACACCCUGGAAUCGAAACUUCAGCAGUAUAUUGCUUCCUUGCCGCCUGGCGCACUUCCUAAACCACUCAUUACUACCCCGCUGAAUGAACAACAGUACGCCCAGCUGGAACAGUUCGACGAGGCGAUGCGUAGCGAGUACCGGCUGCGUCGUGAGAUGCUCUUGAAACGCUUCGACGUAACCAUACAGUCGUUUUCUUGGUCCGAGCGUGCCAAAGCCAAAGAGGCCGAACUGAAUCACAUUUGGACGUCGCGACGUCCGCACAUGCCGCUGGAUUCCAAUGUGACCAUGGGGGAUAUUCUGGGAGCCACGGACGAUUUACUGCGUGUGCAGAAGGCCACCAGCAAUUCCGUCCGACAGCACACACAGUGUCCGAUUAAUCGUCUGGUGAUUGGGAAUGUUCCGGAUCGAGGCGGACGUCCCAGUGAAGCGGUGGUGCCGCCACGGGAUAUGCCGGGAUUUCGAGCACGCGUGGACGGCGGAGGUGGGCGGGGAGCUCAUGGUGGACGAGGGCGCGGUGGUGGUGGAAGAGUUCAGAGUGGUUACGGUGGGGGCGAUGGUUAUCAUGGCGGUGGACACCGAGGCCGAACGUUCCAUCAGACACGCGGUGGUUAUCAACAGCGGUAUUGAUUGUCGGUGAUGUUAAGCAUUUUUUACACUGCUCUCCCUGUUGUUACCUUUUCUGAAUUAUGUUCCUUUUUAAGGUGCAAAAAUUUUGGACACAUUAGAUUUCCCGGUUCAAGUGUUAUGAUAAAAGCCCUAUGGAGUUAAAUAGAUUUGAUGUUUG